CGCCGGCCCGCCCGUCAGUCAGGCAGGCAGUCGGUCCGAGCGGUCGUAGUCUCUCCAGUUCUCUUGAGCGUCGUUGUCCUUCUUUCUUGGUCAGCAACAGCGGCUGCACCGGAGGCGGCGCAGUCCGUUCGGGAGGCGCGACAGGGCCUAAGCAGCGACAGCGGAGCGUCGAGCCGAGCGCAGCUGAGGCGGCGGCGGCGGCCCGGCAGCCAACAUGGCGGCGGCGGCGGCGGCGGGCGCGGGCCCGGAGAUGGUCCGCGGGCAGGUGUUCGACGUGGGGCCGCGCUACACCAACCUCUCGUACAUCGGCGAGGGCGCCUACGGCAUGGUGUGCUCUGCCUAUGAUAAUAUCAACAAAGUUCGAGUAGCUAUCAAGAAAAUCAGCCCUUUUGAGCACCAGACCUACUGCCAGAGGACCCUGAGGGAGAUAAAGAUCUUACUGCGCUUCAGACAUGAGAACAUCAUUGGCAUCAAUGAUAUUAUUCGGGCACCAACCAUCGAGCAAAUGAAAGAUGUAUAUAUAGUACAGGACCUCAUGGAAACAGACCUUUACAAGCUCUUGAAGACACAACACCUCAGCAACGACCAUAUCUGCUAUUUUCUUUACCAGAUCCUCAGAGGAUUAAAAUAUAUCCAUUCAGCUAACGUUUUGCACCGUGACCUCAAGCCUUCCAACCUGCUGCUCAACACCACUUGUGAUCUCAAGAUCUGCGACUUUGGCCUGGCCCGCGUUGCAGAUCCAGAUCAUGAUCACACAGGAUUCCUGACAGAGUAUGUAGCUACACGUUGGUACAGGGCUCCAGAAAUUAUGUUAAAUUCCAAGGGCUAUACCAAGUCCAUUGAUAUUUGGUCUGUGGGCUGCAUCCUGGCAGAGAUGCUGUCCAACAGGCCCAUCUUUCCAGGGAAACAUUAUCUCGACCAGCUGAACCACAUUCUGGGUAUUCUUGGAUCCCCAUCACAGGAAGACCUGAAUUGUAUAAUAAUAAAAGCUAGAAACUAUUUGCUUUCUCUUCCACACAAAAAUAAGGUGCCAUGGAACAGGCUAUUCCCAAAUGCCGAUUCCAAAGCUUUGGACUUACUGGACAAAAUGUUGACGUUCAACCCUCACAAGAGAAUUGAAGUUGAACAGGCCCUGGCCCAUCCGUAUCUGGAGCAGUAUUAUGAUCCAAGUGACGAGCCUAUCGCUGAAGCACCAUUCAAGUUUGACAUGGAAUUGGAUGACUUACCUAAGGAAAAGCUCAAAGAACUCAUUUUUGAAGAGACUGCUAGAUUUCAGCCAGGAUACAGAUCUUAAAUUUGUCAGGACAAGGGAUCAGAGGACUGGACGUGCUCAGACAUCGGUGUUCUUCUUUCCAGUUCUUGACCCCUGGUCUUGUCUCCAGCCUGUCUUGGCUUAUUCAGUUUGACUCCUUUGAGCCAUUCAGAGGGGUGGUUUCUGGUAGUUGUGGCUUUUAUGCUUUCAAAGAAUUCCUUCAGUCCAGAGAAUUCCUCCUGGCACCCCUGUGUGUGUCACCCACCGGUGACCGGCAGCAGUAUGUACUUCCAGUGCACCUACUGCUUACUGUUGCUUUAGUCACUAAUCGCUUUCUGGUUUGAAAGAUGCAGUGGUUCCUCCCAGUCCUGAAUCCCUCCUACAUGAUGCCCUGCUGACCCAUGCCUCACCAGAGCGAGAGUCUUUCCACAUUGGCUCUAGUCACUGGCAUCUUUAUGAGAAGGAAGGCUACUACCUAGGGCACUUUAAGUCAGUGACAGCCCCAAAUUUGCACUUCAUGUGUUGACUAUAACUGUUCCCCCAGAGCUUAUGGAAAUACCUUGGAUGACACUGCAGCCUGCCACAAGUGCUUUUGUUGCAGGAAUCCUUUGGGAGCACUUGUCAGUGUCUUUUUCUAAUAUCAUGUUAGUUACUAACAUAUUUAAGGUAUGUGCUAUUUGCCCACCUUUUAGAAAAUUCAGUCAUUUUUCCGAAUAGAAAGGAAGUACUGCACCCAGCAAUGUCAUUCUUCAGAUUUACUGUGGUUACUUAUACCAAUUAUAGAGGUAUAACAUUUGUCAAAAUGUAUUACAUGCAGUACUUACUGUUUGCUAGACCUGCAUAAAAAGAUUUGAAGUGGCAGCUGUGCUCAGCAUUUGUUUCUGGAGAAGUAGUGAGCAGGCUGAUCCACAUGUCCAGGGUGGAAUUCCAUGCACCUGGUGCACAUAUGCCCUGAGCUGUUUCACUAACCACAUUCAAUGUUGGAGGAUUUAGCAGAGAGGAACACUGCAACUUUAAAUGAAAAAGUGUACAAUUCUUUUUCCUUCUACAGCAUGUCAGCAUCUCGAGUUCAUUUUUCAACCUACAAUAUAACAAUUUGUAAUAAAGCCUUCAUGAGCUCAUGACAUGAAGCACUGUUCUGUCGUCAAGUACUCUUAAAUAUUUCUAAUACUGCUGAAUUAAGACCAUCAGAAAAAGCUAGCAUUAAGUCAUGUUCAGAGCUCUUCAUAUUUUCUUGAUCUCUUUAAGUAUUUGUUCUGCCACUGUGUACUGUGGAGUUGACUCGGUGUUCUGUCCCAGUGCGGUGCCUCCUGACUCCCCCACUGCUCUCUGUGGUGAGAAAUUUGCCUUGUUCAAUAAUUACUGUACCCUCGCAUGACUGUUACAGCUUUCUGUGCAGAGAUGACUGUCCAAGUGCCACAUGCCUAUGAUUGAAAUGAAAAAUCUAUUGUUACCUCUGAGUUGUGUUCCACGGAAAAUGCUAUCCAGCAGAUCAUUUAGGGAAAAUAACUCUAUUUUUAGCUUUUCAUUUCUUAGCUGUCCCUUUUUUUUUUUUUUUUUUUUUUUUUUUUCUUGUUUGAUUUUUGACAGCAAUGGAGAAUGGGUUAUAUAAAGACUGCCUGCUAAUAUGAACAGCAAUGCACUUGUAAUUCAUGGAAAUAAAUGUACAUCUUUAUCUUCACAUUCAUGUUAAGAUUCAGUGUUGAUUUCCUCUGGAUCAGUGUGUCUGAACAGACUGCCAGGUUCUGUUUGUGCUUCAAAUAAAAAUGCCCAUGGGCUUCACUUCCCCACCCCAGGCAUUGCCCCACACUUCAGUGUAUAUGAGGUGGCUUACAAAGGGUCUUUUUCCCUCUGUGCAGCUUAUAAUUCUGACAUAUUUCUUUGUUCAAAUAAUAAGUCUUACAUAGUCUGUGAAACCCUGAUGACAAAAUCUAAAUAUCUCAGGUUGGAAUCUCUGUUUCCUUCCAAAAAGGAACCUACCUGUGUGCCCCAGAGCUGCUGCUAGCAGAGCCAAGUGCUGAGAAGGACUGCCCAGCACUACAUGGUGCAUGCCACCUGGCCCAGUGUGCUGACACACCUCAUGUGGCUAAAGAAAGAUGACUGACUCAUCCUCAGAAAUAAGAAUCAUGUCUUGAUUCUUACCCUAAAAAUACAUACUUUUCACUUCCACCCUCUGAGCUGCCAUGUCAUGGUCCAUGCAGCAUUGACAGGAUACAGAGAUUUGACUGUUAUUUGAUAUAUUGAUAAAUAAGUCAGUUUUCAUUUUAAAAAAAGCAUUGACAGUUUUAUUACUCAUUUCUUUAUACUUUAUAAUGCAAUGUUAGUAUUAGUUUAAUUUGCAAUCUUAUUCUAGGUAGAAAAACUGUAGCCUCAGCUUCUAAUAUCUAGGGACUACAAGCUCUUUGCCAUCCCCUUUGUUGGUACUGUAGAAGAUUGGCAUGAAACUACUCACUGCAUUCUAGAAUCACUGUAGCCACAGGUGAUGUACUUUUCAUUAAUAUCAUGUGAAAUGUAAUUUAACAAGUCAGAGAAUUGUCAUAACCAAGGUACCUGUGAAACUACGAGUUAUUAUGUGUAACAGACACAUCAUUUUGGUUUUAUAUUUCUAAAUAUGUACAGAUUAUGUCAUCUCAGUUCAUAAUUGGUGAUGCUGAAUGCCUCCAUUAUUAGCAUGCUUAGAUAAGCUUUCUGAUGGAUGUCUUUUUUGGUGUCUAAAAUGUAAGCAAAAAAUUCCCAUUGAAACAUUCCAGGCCUUUUGUUUGGUACAAAACAGCCAGCCAACAAACCUGUGGGAUCGAUGUGAGAACCUAUCAUGAAGACUCUACCCUGACAGUCUCUAGAACUUACAGAGAAACAAACGCAGACCACCCACCAUGGAAUCUGGGUAAACAAGUAUCAUGUUCUAUAUGCAGGUGUGGUAUGUUCACACUCGUUUCUGCUGUUUUCAGGCAGAGGCGGUGGGUGUGGAGAAAACUGUUAGCUUUAGUAAGCUACACAUGGCUCACCAGUAAUUGUUUCUAAGGAACCAUGAAGGUAAACCACCCACAUGCUACAUUAAUAUUCAGCCCAUUCAGAGGAGACUCUUUGAUCUUUAUUUGCUUUUAUGUUAAUAUAGUUUUUUAAUUAACUUUUAUAUAGUAUGGUAACCAUAUGUUAAUACACACAUACAUAUGCACACAUGCUUUGGGUCCUUCCAUAAUACUUUUAUAUUUGUAAAUCAAUGUUUUGGAGCAAUCCCAAGUUUAAGGGAAAUAUUUUUGUAAAUGUUGUGGUUUUGAAAAUCUGAGCAAUCCUUUUGCUUACACAUUUUUAAAGCAUUUGUGCUUUAAAAUUGUUAUGCUGGUAUUUGAAACACGAUACUCCUUUAGUGCAGAUGAGAAGCGUGUAAGAGUGGAGUAAGGAUGUGGUUUCUCUUACUGUUAUCCAACUCAACAUGAUGGAUCAGCAACGACUGGGAAUCCAGAGUGAAUUCUCUAGGGUUUUACCAGAUUUACCUUAAGCUUGUUGCCUUUUUGUGAUGUUUAUCCGUGUAGAGCACUCCAGAAAGUUCUGAAACUGCUUUGUAUCUGCUUUGUACUGUUGGUGCCUUCUUGGUAUUGUACCCCAAAACUCUGCAUAGAUUAUUUAGUAUAAUGGUAAGUUUAAAAAAAAAAAAAAUGUUAAAGGAAGAUUUUAUUAAGAAUCUGAAUGUUUAUUCAUUAUAUUGCUACAACUUAACAUUUAUUUGUGG